AAUGCCAGGACAGUGAACUUUCAUUUCUAUUAUUUUAAGAUAGAUUUUUAAAUAAUUUUUAAGAUUUUAAGUAGUAUUUUAAUACCAUUGAGAUACUUAAGAUGUUAGGCAUUCAAUAUGUAGAGGGAUCAAAGACGAGCGUUAUUUACUUUUUUGUUGAAUAGUGAAAUGUUUCUGCAGGGCCGUGUUAUAAUUGUUUGGUUAUCUUGGCUUAUCGGAGGAAUUUGUGGCGUUGUAAUUUUGUUAGUUAUAGUUUGCUACUGCCGCCUCAUGCCGCGUCACCAGAAAUCUUUUGAUGAGCAGUAUCUGAAAGAAAAGUGCAACAUCAAAGACAGCCAUGCCGCUUACUCCAGUCAGGACGGCUAUACGAGGGUGAAGAAUGCCGAGAAUGUCGUGUCGCCGGUGCAGGUGCAAGUGUCCCGGCACUCGCGGCCCGCGAGCUACGCGGGCGACGCGGAGCGCCGCGCGCGCGCCGCCCGGCCGCCGCCGCCGCACGACCCGCGCUCGCACGCCGCGCCCGCUGACAGAGACCAGCUGGCGCAGUACGCGUCCAGUGGCAUGCUAGACGAACUAUCUACGAGCACUAGCAUCGACGCGCUCAAGACGCGCUCGCUGCCGGCGUUCCUGCGACCCAAGCCGCGACCCCUGUCCACCGAGGACGACCUGCAGCAGCUUUACGCUAAGGUGUCCCUGAGCAAGAAGUACAAGAACCGCAUGCGUAGCGAGCACGCAGCCAUUAUUGCGCUGAGUAAAUCGCGUAGCCAGUUUUUCGACGCUGAUGCAGUCAUCGUGUACGACCAGCGGACCGCUCUCUAACUUAUAAAGUCUCUUGUGCUCAAAAUCCGACUGAUAGUGAUAAAUUGAUAAUAGAGUCGGACCAAGCUAAAUCUGCACUGACUUUGUACAGACCAUAGAGAAGUCUAAGUCUAGUUAAUUUCUUUAUGAUAGAGACGGAGUGUGAUUGUCACUAUAAACGUCAAAUUUUGACACUUUAAAGUCAGUUCUCUUCUCAUAUCAGACGUCGGUCGUAGAAGAGAUCGACUUCUUCGCAGAUGCAGAACAACAACGAGUAAUACAUAUUGCGCUUGCGCCGCUGCGUCCAGCAGGUCCAAACGAGGACGCGAAAGAUUAGUGACAGAUUACAUCAGCUGAUCUUGAUUUCAGUUAAAAGGAAUUUCCAUCCGAACAUAACUUUUCAAGAAGUUAAAUUCAGGAUAUUCAGAUAUACCUACCUACAACAGUUAACAAAUACGUCUUCACUUUUUACAGUAAUAACGUUCUAACAAGAUUUUGCCCUGUGCCCGGACCCGAGGGCCCCGCGGUGCGCGUGUUGUUUGUUGUAUUGUUGUUGGUGCUCAUGUUGAUGUGUUGUUGUUGCUAUUGUUUUUGUGUAAUAAUUUGUUUUCCAGAGGGAAAAAGAAAUGAAGUUUUACUUUUGCUAGAAAGAAAAGAUCCGCAUGCGAGCACUUGAUUCCCGCGAAGCGGGAAGUUGGAGCUUAAACACGACCUAAUAGUAAGUGUCUUGACAAGCUCACGUCGGGCCUACGGCCUUCGGCCCGUCGUUGCGCUUGUCUUGCUUCGCUUAUCAAGACAGUUGACUUGGUAGAACGCUUGGAAGCACCGCAUUCACGCAGCUCGGCCUUCGGCCUCGCG